AUGCCGCGAAGACGCCUCCGGGUAGUCUCCUCUUCUUCCUCCGACGAAGACGACGACGUCGUUUCUAUCCAACCUCCACCACCACCACCCUCCCACCAAAUCCCCCACAUUCUACCCGAAGAAGCGUCAGAAGAAGAAGACCAAAUCAUAAACGACGACGUUGGAACCCGGCUCCAAACCGUAACCCUCAGCUCCUCCAAUUCCACUUCAAACACAAAUUCAAACUCCCACAACCCGACCCGCAUCACCGAACCCAUCCCUUUCCACAUUUCCGAUGACGACGUGGACGACGCCAUCAUGAACGAUGUUCCUGAUCCUGACUCUAUUAACCCUAGCACUGUAAUCGGGAAUACUAAUUUUGUGAGUAGUAAUCCUAAUUGCGACGGAAUUGACGGGAUUUUGCGAAGAAAGGGGCUAAAUUUAAAGAGGGAAUGGUUUGAUGGGUGUAUUGGAGCCCUAGAAAGGGAGGUUCCUGGGUUUUCGGGUAACUCCGAUGAUUUGGUGAAGGCGAAGAUUUGUUUUCAGCAGUUCUUGAAUGUGGAUAUGAAUUUUUGUGGGGCCGGCGUGCUUCCGAGCAAUGUGGCUAGCUUGCAUUUGGUUGAUCUUAAAGGACCCUUUGUCUUACAGGUAGAUGAGAUAGUGAAUAUCAGCUGUCCGCUUAAGGAUAGGUACCAGGAGAUGGCUGCAGGAGUAAAGAGAUGCCUCAAGUUAUCAAUGACGGAUGGUGUUCAGCGCAUUUCUGGCAUGGAAUACAGGCCUAUUAAAGCUCUUGAAGUUCUUUCCCCUGCAGGAAUGAAGGUUGCUAUUUGCAAUGUCAAUGUGAGACGUGGCAUAUUGAUGUUGGUCCCUGAAGUUAUUGAAGUUUUAGGUGGCAAAGUUGAGGAGUUAGAUGCAGCUCGACAGAGACUUGUACAGGAAGUAAAUAAACCACCAAGGGGAAAAAGAACCAGGACAGGGGUAGUUCCUCCAUUAGCUACAAGAGCUACUCGUGCUGCAUGGCCUGCAGAAACUGUCAAUGUACAAGAGCACAUUUACAACUCCAGAACGACUAUGCCUCUUCAGGUUGAGGAGCCAGGAAUUGCAUCUGGUAUUCCUGCUAGUGAUGGGACUGAAGAUCGCCAUAGGACCGAUGCUCAAGCUAUUUCACCAUCUGCUACUGAAACCAAUGAAGUUCAUAUGGCAACUGAGUCGGAACAAGAUGUUGAUAGGAUAAAUAGAGAACAGAAUGCUGUUUCCAGUUUUAGGGAAGAGGCUGGACCUAACUUAUAUUCUAGUGCAACCACGGAUGUUCAAGAAGCUCAUAUGCUUGAUGAGUUGGAACACCCCUUUUUAUUAACAGGAGAUAAUGAAUCCCCAUUCACAUACUUGGCAAGUUUGUUGGCUAUGUGGGCUGCAAAGCAAGGUGAUGUUGCCAGAGUUGAAGGGAAAAUUAAGUGCUUUCUUACGGGUGUUAAGGGAUUCCAAUAUAAAAGGAGGACCACAUAUGAGCUUCUAGUCUACAUUGAUGACGGCAGCCUCAUUUCGGAGAUCCUUAUUGAUCAUAAUGUCGUUCAAAAAGGGAUUGGCUAUUCUCCAGAGGAGGUUUGUGCCGCUCUUGCUUCUUCAGACGCUAGGCGAGUCAGUGAGAUGAAGGAGACAUUAAAACAGUUUCAGAGUUUCCUAGUAAAUUUUGAGGGAACGAUGCUUGUAGAGAUCACUGCAACAUCCUCUAUUCCUGUCGCGACUGAGAUGAAUCAAGGUUGCCCUGCAUCUGAUGCUUGGUUGCUGCUUGAAAGACUCGGCAGAUGUGGUUCAGCUCAGCAUCAGCAUCAGCAGAAUUCUCAUUUGAAUGCCAUCGUCUUGUCCCCUUGACUGGAAAUAUACCCUUGAUGGGGGCUAAGGACCAUAGAA